UCUUCCUGACCACAUAAUGCAUAUGUGGUGGCCGGAAAACCAGGCCUUAAGGCCCAGAUGCCACACAUACAGGGGUGCAGGGGCGGACUGACAACUCAUGGGGCCCCGGGCAAUAGGGGAUCAUGGGGCCCCUGUGUCCUUGCCCAAACUCAAAAAAGCCUAUUAAAAAGGUACCAGGGGCAUCUCAUGGGGCCCCCUACUGACCCCGGGCCCUCGGGCAGUGCCCGAGUUUCCAAAUGGUCAGUCCGCCCC